CCUCGCAGUUUGAGCGGAGUGGAAAUGAGGAAACGGCAGCAGCCACACAUUGAAGGUCCCCCACAGGCUCCUGGUCACCCGAGACCCAACACUUGUUGCUUGUGCUGGUGCGGUUGCUGCAAAUGCCUCUGGAAUGAAGAUAGGGCGGAGCGCCCAGAACGGCAGACGUGUACAAAAAUGGAUAGCAUAGAAGCAACAGAGGAGCAACACCCAACUCUGGACGAGGUUGUUGCCUGGGCACGGAGUUUUGAGAUGAUGAUGCGAUCAUCUGUGGGCAGGGAUGUGUUCAGAGAGUUCCUGCGCUCUGAGUACAGUGAAGAGAACCUCAUGUUCUGGAUUGCCUGUGAGGAACUGAAAAAGGAGACCAACCCUGCUGCCAUAGAGGAGAAAGCCAGAAUCAUUUACGAGGAUUAUGUUUCCAUUCUUUCGCCAAAAGAGGUCAGCCUUGACUCGCGCGUGAGGGAGGGCAUCAAUCAAAGCCUAGCAGAGCCCAGCAACCUGAUGUACGAGGAGGCCCAGCUCCAGAUCUACACCCUCAUGCACAGGGACUCCUUUCCCCGCUUCCUCAAUUCCUCUGUUUACAGGGACUUUUUGGACAGCAAGAGAGCGUCCUGCUUAGACACUUAA